UCCGGCGCACUCCCCUCCCCCGAGCGCCGGCGGCCGGCACUGAAUGAGAAACGCCGACUGCUCGGCUGGGCGAGCGCAGCCUAGGAGCUGCGGGCGAAGCGGAGGCGACGGCCGCGGCUACACAGGAAUAAUGUAUUUGUGGCCUUGGACAUGAAGUAAUUGGACCUGUUGCUGUUGAUAUAGGAUCAGGGACUGAUGAGGGAAGCAUGGACCUAAUGAACGGGCAGGCAAGCAAUAUUAAUAUCGCAGCUACUGUUUCCGAGAAAAGUAGCAGCUCUGAGUCGCUAAGUGAGAAGGGCUCCGAAUUGAAGAAAAGCUUUGAUGCUGUGGUGUUUGAUGUUCUUAAGGUUACGCCGGAAGAAUACGCGGGUCAGAUAACACUAAUGGAUGUGCCAGUGUUUAAAGCUAUUCAGCCAGAUGAACUCUCAAGUUGUGGAUGGAAUAAAAAAGAAAAAUAUAGUUCUGCACCGAAUGCAGUUGCUUUCACGAGAAGAUUUAAUCAUGUAAGCUUUUGGGUUGUUAGAGAAAUUCUCCAUGCUCAGACAUUGAAAAGAAGAGCAGAAGUCCUGAGCCACUAUAUUAAAACUGCUAAGAAACUGUAUGAGCUUAAUAACCUUCAUGCACUUAUGGCUGUGGUUUCCGGCUUACAGAGUGCACCGAUUUUCAGGUUGACUAAGACAUGGGCGUUAUUAAGUCGAAAAGACAAAACUACCUUUGAAAAAUUAGAAUAUGUAAUGAGUAAAGAAGAUAACUACAAAAGACUCAGAGACUAUAUAAGUAGCUUAAAGAUGACACCUUGCAUUCCUUAUCUAGGCAUCUACCUGUCGGACUUGACGUACAUUGACUCGGCGUACCCAUCCACAGGCAGCAUUCUAGAAAAUGAGCAAAGGUCAAAUUUGAUGAAUAACAUUCUUCGAAUAAUUUCUGACCUACAGCAGUCCUGUGACUAUGAUAUUCCCAUGUUGCCUCAUGUCCAGAAAUACCUGAAUUCCGUUCAGUAUAUAGAAGAACUACAAAAGUUUGUGGAAGACGAUAAUUACAAGCUCUCAUUAAAGAUAGAACCAGGGACAAGUACGCCACGUUCAGCUGCUUCCAGAGAAGACCUAGUAGGUCCUGAAGUGGGAGCCUCCCCGCAGAGCGGGGGGAAGAGCAGCGCUGCUGAGGGGGCCUUCCUGCCACAGACGCCCCCGUCCCCUCGGAACCUGAUUCCACACGGACACAGGAAGUGCCAUAGCUUGGGUUACAAUUUCAUUCAUAAGAUGAACACCGCAGAGUUUAAGAGUGCGACAUUCCCAAACGCAGGCCCGCGGCACCUGCUGGAUGACAGCGUCAUGGAGCCGCAUGCACCAUCGCGAGGCCAGGCUGAGAGCUCCACGCUUUCCAGUGGAAUAUCCAUAGGGAGUAGUGAUGGCUCUGAACUAAGUGAAGAGACCUCAUGGCCGGCUUUUGAAAGGAACAGAUUAUACCAUUCUCUCGGCCCGGUGACAAGAGUGCCACGAAAUGGCCAUCGAAGCCACACGAAGGCCAGCAGUUCUGCGGAGUCGGAAGACUUGGCGGUGCACUUGUACCCGGGAGCUGUCACUAUUCAAGGUGUCCUCAGAAGAAAAACUUUGUUAAAAGAAGGCAAAAAACCCACAGUAGCGUCUUGGACAAAGUACUGGGCAGCCUUGUGUGGAACACAGCUUUUUUACUAUGCUGCCAAAUCUCUGAAGGCUACAGAAAGAAAACAUUUCAAGUCAACGUCAAAUAAGAAUGUGUCUGUGGUGGGGUGGAUGGUGAUGAUGGCCGACGAUGCAGAGCAUCCAGACCUCUUCCUGCUGACUGACUCCGAGAAAGGAAAUUCCUACAAGUUUCAAGCCGGCAGCAGGAUGAAUGCGAUGCUGUGGUUUAAACACUUGAGUGCGGCCUGCCAGAGCAACAAACAGCAGGUUCCUACAAACUUGAUGACAUUUGAGUAAAAGCCGGAGAAAGAGGAAGUGUACCGUUGUUCCUGCAUGGAGCAUGGACCUGCUGCGAGCACCAGCCGCACCAUACUGUGCCAGGAAGAGCCCCCAGGCUCCAGCCCAGCCUCCGGAGCUCAGAACCAAAAGCACUAAUUUCAGGGAAUGAAGUGAGAUGUUCCCAGAGAACAAAUUGGAGUUGCAAAACAAACUGCCAUGAACUGCGCUUCUAUCUCGGAACUGACCUGUGGAAACCACUGCCUUAACAGAGUGAGAGGAGAACCCCACCACACAGUGCGUGUGAAUCUCCGGUGGUGCUGGGCUUGGAAUAAAUUGUAGCUACUUUGCGUUUCUUUUAACUUUGUACUAAUUUUGGAGGGGAAACCAUCUUUUUUUAAAUACACUUUAAAAAGGAAAACCCUUUCUAAUGGAUUCCAUCCAGAGCUGUUUUAGGUGCAGUGAGAAGAACCUGGGAGGAGCAGGCCAACGGCCCACCACAGGGUCUGCUCAGCCUCUGCUCCUGGCUUCCUCAUUUCUCCACAGCAAGACGUGGGAGUUGGAUGAUGGCAGUGGAAGCUGUGGGGGUGUAUUUGGGAUAUGGUUGCUUUAUUGGGGUGAGGGGUGUGUUUAAACUCUACACUUCGGAAUUGAGUGCUAGAAGGAGAAGGUGACCUCCUGAAGGAGGUGCAGAGGCCAAGCGUUCCCACGCAGCAAGCUCCAGAAAACACCUUGUUUCUCUCUGCUUUACCUUCUGUUGAAUUCACUGUUGGGCCACAAGUCUGCAUAGAAAAUGAUAAUCCCAAGCUGAGGUUUCUGUAGAUUUUUCUCAAGUCAAGUGGAGUCUCCAGCUACAGGUGUUCGUCGUUGUGGUGAAGACCCUGGUAUUCACCAGGGUCUCGCCCUUUGCAGUGUUUAAGGUGCAUUAUGCCAGACUUUUUAUUAAAUUUGUUUUUGUUCAGUAUGAGGUUCAAGACCAUACUUGUUUAAAAGAUUCUUCAUAUGUAUGUAUUUUAUUGUGAGACAAAACAGUUUUAAGAAGAAUAAAGGCAAAGUUUGCAGCUCUAGGAGUUAAAAAUAUAAAACCAUUUCUCUGUAUGACUUCCCAAGAUGUACCAGAGCAUUUUUAGAAAGCUUACUAUCGGUCCCCAACCUGAAGCUAUAUUUUGUUAUAACUGGCCAAGCAGUUUUGAGAGUGCUUUCCUAGGCGAUAACGCAUUUAAUUUUUAAGGUAAUGGCUCCACGUUCAGAGGUCUUGGCUUACACCUCCAAAGCAAAUUGUUCUUUCUUUGAGUCACACAUAAAAUUUCUCACAUUUGUAUUCUUAAAGAAUUGUGUACUUUUUAUCAGAACUAUUAUAUCAAGUCCACUGAGCUUAAUUAGAAAAUACUGUGUGUACAAUAAUUUGGCUAAAUAAUUAGCUAAAAAAGAGAUCAGUUCAGGAGAAAGUGAAGAGCCUUUUCUGAGUGUUUCUAAUUUAAAUAAUUCAAAUGUAUUUGUUAUGUGACAGAAAUACAUUAUUUGGUGUUUCAUUGACAAGCAGGGGAAGGCACACAUCGCCUGUAUGGAAUGAUUUUUCAUAUAAUGGUCUAAGCUUAAUCCAUGUUGGGUAUACACAGACAAACAUUACUGAGUAGCCAGCAGUAUUAUAAUGUAGACUUUGUACAUCUUACUUUGUUUUGAAUCUUUUUAGCAAUAUCUUAGUUUAUUUUGCUCCUGAAAUGUUUUAAAUAGUGUACUGCUGUUUUUGAGAUACUGUGAAUGAGAACCCUGUGACUUAUUACUACUUUAUCAGAGUAAGCUAAGCCGUGACGUUGUAAGUGAAUCGCGUCUGUGGAGAUGGGCAGCUAGCACAGGCCAGCCUCACAGUUUUGCCAGAGAGAAAGCACAGAGGGGGAAGACAUGUUUGCUGCAUCCAGCUCUCGACACUUACGGGUGUGUAGGGGGAGAACCACGUUCAGAUUUGAUUAGCCAGUCUGUGUUAGCACUGUGGCCUCUGGCUGACUGAAACUAUUUUUCUACCUUAAAAUUUGCUUUAAACAUCAGCUGUUGUUUCUUAGGAUGAUUUUAGAAACUGUGAGAGAUGAGUGACAUAGAAUAGCUUGAGUUUUUUGAUCUAUAAUUCACAAAAUGGUAGCAGAUUAUAAUUGAAGCAGAGAAAACAUUGCCAAACUAUAUUAAAUAUUUGAGUACUUUAUUUGUUGGAGAAUGAAUCCUAUUACACAAUCUUAUUACACUCAGUUGUAAAGUGACUCACAGGCUCAUUUUCAUGAACAUUAAAGCUCAUUCGUUUCUCUCCUAGCCAGGGAGAGCUCUUUAGAAAUUCAUUUAAAGCAUAUACUUCAGCUGGUGUAUAAGCAGACUGAAUGGGGUGUUGGAGACUUGGUGCAGUGGUGUGCAGUGCUAGCCUUGUCUCGUCUGACAGCGUACUUUUCUUCAGUCCGUCUUCCGAGUGUACCUGUGGAGCGACCGCAGAAUGCCCGGGCCCUGUUUGCGCUUCACGUGCUUAUUUUCAAAAUAAUUUCGCUAGAGUGUCUAUGCUGUAAGGGUCAAAAGAGAAUUGAUGGGAUACAUCGUUUUGGUUUUGUUCAGUGUGUAUUUGUGUAAACAAUUCAAAGGAGGACCCAGUUCGGGAGUACCUCUCUCCUCGGCAUGUUUCUGUGGCAGUCACUGUAUGAGCAGAACCACCUUCUUCAUAGUCGGCUGCUCUUGGGCCUCGCUGUCAUAGUCAGGGUGAUGACAGCUGCAGAGCUUUGAUGAUGGGCUUUGUUUCCUCUGCCAGGUUUAUAAAGAAGCCCAACAAGCAGUGUGGUUAUCUGGGAGGAAUGGAGUCACACUUAGACCCCUCCGUAGCUAAGAUGGGUCCCUGUGAGUGCAGCUUCGUCAGCCUCUGGGGAUUAUGAGCAUUUAGCUAUCCAAAUGACUUUAGCAGAAAGUCUUUUCCUGAGGUUAAAUCUGUUAAUUACAUACUCUUAAAACUGAGGCACUGUAUUGCUUGGAGAUGAGUACUAAUAGACUUAAUUCAUUGGCUUUUUAAGAGAACAUACCUUUUGUUGGUACCCUCCUGUCAUGGAGGCACUUUCCUUUCUGACUGGGUUUUUGAGCCAUCCUGUUACCGUCUGCAAACAAAGAGGUACCAGUGUGGCUUAAUGGAAGAUAAGCGUUAAUUUAAAAAAUCCUCUGCCCCCACGACUUUGAAAAGAAUUAUAUCCUUUUGAAAAUGAAGCUGAACUUGAUUGUGCCGGAGCCCCAGCAGUAGUGCUGUGAGAACAAGGGAGCCCGUGGUGGGCGUGUCUGACUUUAGCCUUCUCUUAGGGCUUGCGCUCAUUUUCUCUUCUUUUGUAUUAUUUCCUUUACCAUCCUGAUUUUACAGCCAGAAAGGUGUUGCUUUUUUUCUAAGCCUUUGAGACACAAAAACAUUGAUGUUAAGUGGUUUUGAUGAUAAAUUACAUGUGAACCUUUUCAAAAUGAUUUAAGUACCUUUUGGCUUUGCUUCCCUAAAAAUGGCUUGUGUCUAAAGUGACUUCAGUUUGAGAGUUCUACAGAAGAGAUGCAUAGACUCCAGCUUUGCAGCUCAGUGAAGGCAAUUGCACUACCCUCUUCCCAGUCAUAGUGUGGAGAACAUUGGGUCAGUGCCUUAUCAAUUCGGAAACCAGUUUUAGGGCAUUGAAGACGGCUAUAAUCAUCUGCCCUCUUAAUCCUCUGGCUUAAGGGGUGUGCCAUCCCUCUCUUCACCCACAGUUUCACAGCAGCCUGAAGAUGACUGCGCAGACAUCUGGCUACUGCAGUCCUCCUAUUGUAAUUCUUUUGCAGAUAAGCCCCCUCCCUGCUGCUGUCUUGUCUGAGUAGGUUAAUCAUAAAUACACUCGCAUGAGCCUUUUGAUGGGCACUCUGAGUGCCGGCUCUGAAGAACUAACUCCAUCUGAGUAUGUUUGAAUUUUGAGUUGUUUUGAGCUUAGGCUUAGUGACAAAGGCUGUUGGGGAAAUCCCUAACAGAGUAAGAUGCAUGCAGAAGGAGUUGUUUCGGUUUUACUAAAACUACUGAAAUACUUGGUAACAAUCCCUUCAGCCAGAAAUGAAAUGUAUUUCAGUGACCUAUUUUAGACAGAAUGAACGAGCAGUCCCUUACCCUGCUGGUUAUUGCUUACUUGAAAAUACACAAGAAAGAGACAGUGCUAUUAAUAAAUCAGGCAAGAGAAACCUAAAGCUAGGUUUCUCAGCCAAAGCAAAGUUUGGAAACAUUUUGCUUAGGAAGUUAGAAGGCCAGGAGAUACUGUUGUCUGAGUAGAAAUGCUGUUUUCAGAAUCCUUGGAGAGUAGUAGACACCGACACACAUGGUCUUUGGAGCCCGUGAAAGGGUUAGCAGGUCCUUGGCGGUUUUUAGCAAAAUUUAAAAUCUGAUUCCAGCCAGUUGGUCUACAAAAUAGAGUUAAAGGAAUUCAUGGAGUGCUUGUGAGAAGGAAAGCAGAAAAUGCCAAAUAUCAGCAGGAUAUUUCAAAUUUUUAUGUCAAGUAACGAAUAUCAUGUCCCUGAAGAUGCCACCUGGUAGAACUCACAGUACAGUUUCAGGAAGUAUUGAGUUAGUGGCUGUGACUAAGAUAGCUGAUGCAGCAUGAUUGUAGAUGUCCAUUCCUUGACAACCCACUGAAGGACCUGGAACAACUGUAGGGAUAAAUAUCCAAAGCUAAUACUAAAAAAAGAGAGAAAACUUCACAAGCCAUUUUCAUCCUUUGUCUCAGUUAACGAGGUACUUAAUGAUGAAGUGUUCACUUGCACUAUGACCUCCUUGAGUGAUGUGCAACUUGGUUCCUCUCUGGUUUUGUUUCUUUUUAAUAUGCAGAAGUGAGUGUGUGAUCUUCAGUGCGUUUGCAUAAGCUAACUUAAGAUGAAUUUAAGAACAGUUUUCUGAAAUAUUUCUAUUGAAAUAAAUGACUUAAAAUUA